AUCAUUACUUUCGAGACUGGCUAUCAUAAGCUGGAACGCUGCUAAUUAAAUGUAAUUAGUCAAUUUCAGUUAUUUGUUGUCCUAGGGUGCGCCGCGGCUAACUAUACCCCGUUGGAAGAACAGGCUUUUACCGCUACUGCGCAGUGCUGAAAACUAGAAUCACCAUCUGCGCUGAGACUGGGAUAGCCCAGACCGUCGGUCAAGCGAAAUAGAUCACGUCCGUGUGUGUGGUGCGUGUCGUGACUACAUAAGCUUCAUCAAAAAAGAAAAAAAGAAUAACAGUGGCAUCUUUGACACCAUGAACAGUAUGAAGAAUUGACAAUGUCGUAUACCCUUUUUGAUCGCUCCAGAAAUCUGAAGGGUGUCCGAAAAUGUACUUUUCUGUGUGCUGGAAGGAUUUGAAAAAAAAAAAGAGAAAAAGUGAAGCUAGGAAGCUGAGGGUUUUGAGGCCUGGUAAACGUAAACGAAACACAAGUUUUCCAAAUCUUGGUAAGCACUGAAAAAGCAAAAAGAAAUGCUACCCCGCGAUCCAUGUCUUUUUUUUUUUUUUUACAGGCAUAAGUUUCUCUAGCUCUCCAAAGAUGGCGCUACGUGUUCCUCCGCGGCAGCGCUUGCUAUAUUACUUUUUUUGCCUUCCUUGUCCGCCGUCUCCCAGGAUCGGCGUUUGUUGUUCCCUUCGCGCCCGCGCGCGCUCGGGAUUGCCCCCGUCGCUCCCUCUCAGGCGCCCCUUCCCCCUUUCCGGCGGCCACGUGAUCGGAACUCCGGGUCUCCGGCCCCCUAAGUCUGAGCGCCCCGGAUCGCGCCUCACACAGUCCCCGACAGAGACUCGUGCAGUGCGCACUGUCGCCGCUCUCCUCUCGCCCCACCUCCGCAGUGCAGAAACGGUGCGCGGCCGGCGGCGCCGGUUCCGUUUUGGCCCGACUGCGGUAACCGAUACAGGCGGCGCACUUUCGCCCCCUCGCUCUCCUGGCGCUGCGCUGCCGCCGCUUUCUUAAAGGGUCGUCCGAGAGCAUCGCUGGUGAUCAUCGGGCGCUGACCAGCUGUCACCUUGCGAGCGGCGCCGUCGCGUGCGCGCGCGCUCUGUAGACUCUUUCACGUGAGCCGUCCGGUUGGGACCCGCUGACUCGACGCGCCACUUACACGUCCUACGGCACCACUGACUCGAACUGUGUGGCCUCUUCGCUCGGUCUUCUGCUUACUGUCGUCGACGCUCCGUCGCAAUAUUCGCGUCGCACAGACGCUUGACGGGGCCGAAAGGAUGCAAUCGCCGGACCUACCCGCGAUCCCUCCGCUGUGCUGCCUGCGCUGACGUGUGUCGCCGACUGUAUCCUCCGCUGCGCUGUCAGUCUGCCGCCGUCGUUCACAGCUCGCUCUGACUGCGCUCGGCGUUCUGUUUUGCGACCUCUGUGCGUACACUGUCCGGCGUGUCCGUCACGCGUCAAAGAAACGCAGGGUGAUUGCGGCGAACAACGUUGCUCUGUCUGACUUGGCGCGAAUUUUUCUCAAACUCUGCCGUCAGGACUGCUCUGGCUGGUGUUCUCUGGCCACGCCUGUGUGACCGAGCGCGUACGACAGGACGCUGCCGCUGUUACUCUUCUUCUGUCCAGGUCGAACUGCUGAUCUGGUGACCUAAGGGGACUCCAAACCGAGCGGCGGCAAGUCCAGCGCUUUCAGCCUGCAACGCCACUAUUUUCGACCCAAUCACACUGCUACUCCGGUGAAGAACCAUGCAUCCGAACAGGCUGACGACUGCUCGGUCCCACGCGCGCAGACCACGUUCUCCGCAGGAGGUGUGCGUAGCAUUCUUGCUGACAGCGACGCUGGCGUGCCUGUCCCUAUCGAGCUUGGCGCACCCUGCCGACGCACAGCAGGAUGACAAUUCGCUGGACUACUCCGUCUUCGCCGGCCCGCCGCCGGAACCCUCGCAGUGUCCCGGCGGCGCUGGCUGCGGAGAUGUUGUCCUCGACUCAGGUCGGGACAGUGCCCCCUCAGCUGAGGUCGUGGCCCCUUCGACGGACGACGACGGAAUUGGGUCGACGUCGGACGGCGGCGAGGAAGGCCCGAUAAAUGCGGAGGCCGAGACGACAACGACGGCGGAUCCGAGUUCCCACUCCGAGUCGUGGUCGCCUACUGUCGUGGGACCCAGACCACCACCGGCUGAAGGGGGAGGAGGAGGAGCACCGGCGGUUCCCGUGGAGUACACCAUCCGAGCGGGAAAGACCAACAUCACCGUCAACGGCACCAGGACCAGUCACAGGGGUGCGGUACAGUGCGGCCCGUCAUGCCGGUGCAGCAGCAGCGGCCCGCACGAAGGUGGCAGCGAAACCGCCGGCUGCCCCGAGGGCGUGAGCCUGGUGCGCGACGGCUGCAAUUGCUGCAGCAUCUGCGCCCGGCAGCAAGGCGAUACCUGCGACGCCGUUCAGCUGUGCGAUGCCCGGCGGCAGCUGCACUGUGUCUACCCGGACAGGAACGCCUCGGUCGGCACCUGCAAGGUGGUGCAGGGCCAGUCGUGCCAGGUGGAAGGCCUCGGCCAGUACAAGGACGGCGCCACUUUCAAGCUGGACUGCCGCACUCAGUGCUCGUGCCAGAACGGCACCUACGGCUGCGUGUCGCUGUGCCCCCACGAGGGAGUGCGGCCGUCGGCCGAGUGCCGCAACGCCAGGCUCGUCCGCCUGCGUGGAAACUGCUGUCGCGAGUGGCUGUGCGACCACGACAUGAUGAAGCAGCCGCUGGCUCUGGCACGCGCCUCGUGCGAGCGGCACGCUGGCGACUGGAGUCCCUGCUCGGCCACGUGUGGCGUGGGCACGUCUCGUCGCUUGGUCACCGACUUCCACCUCGGCCAGUGCCGCAGCCGCAACGAGACGCGCAUCUGCAACGUGAGACCAUGCAGCGGCCGGGACGCCGCCGGAAUCGCUGGGGCCUCGGGAUCACGCCACAGGACCAGGAGGAACCACUUAUGCCGCGCCACCGUGCGGGCCUCGUGUGCCGCGCCGCUGACGGACGGCGCCAACUGCACCUCGGUGGCGCCGCAGACGCCCAAGUACUGCGGCAGCUGCCCGGGACGCCGGUGCUGUUUUCCAGUGCUCACCACGACCACCACGCUACCUUUCCACUGCUUCGAGGAUGGAGCCUGGGUGACGCGCCACAAGGACGUCAUGACCAUCGUGCGCUGCCGAUGCAAGCCCAAGUGCUAGCGAACAACAACCCAUCGGCGCCAUUUCUCCCACUCCCUCCUCCAGCUGUGGCUGCCCCUCAAGUACUUGUCACCUGUCUUCAGUGCGUCGCCAGAAGACAGCCGCACUCGGCGACUGUCCCCAAUGCAAGCCCAAGUGCUGGCGCUCGGCGCCUGUGCGCGCAUUUCCCUCACUCACGACGAGUGCCCUCUUCCAUGGGGCACUCGUACCUUGUUAUCCUGCGCACGGGAGGGCGGGGACUCACAUGGACGGCGGCGUGGAGGCAGAUAAAGGACCUCAUGUCGCCAGCCGCUAUAUUGGAACAGUGACCAGCUGUAUGGCAACCACUGAAUACCCGAACUUGUGCGCGAACAGUGCUGGCAGCCGCAUUUGUCUUUCGCCAUCGCCACGCGCGCACUGCCACCAGCUGCUGUGUCGCUAGCGCCCACUCUGCUAUACUGCGAGCGUUCGAGACAGCCGUCGUGGUGGUUCGCAUUACGCCGAAAAGUGUCAGUGAACUGUACAACACUGAAGUGUUCGGUGCACGCGUGACUGUGGUGAACGCCUCGAACGGUACCACUGGUGGCGAGCGAGCGGGUCAACUUGCGAAACCGUCUCGCCACCCACGCACCACUACCUCAGGUUUUGAGGACACGUUUGAAAGAUGUGGUACGCUCGAUCAAGAACAAUGGACGACUUGCACCUUCUUCAUUUUGUGCGUCCCAGGCAAUAUAAUUGUUGUGUGGAGACACUUAUAAAGUCGCAGCAAAAACUGUUCACUGAUCCUCAAAAAAAAAAAAAAAAAAAGAAAGGUAACAAGGACGCAUAGCGAGUGACCGGCUCCUGAGGGAGUCACUUAAAUGAAACAUUUGAUGCAUGUGUGGGCAAAUGUUAAUUUUUCUUUCUGAUCAGGAGGGGAAAGCUGCGAUGCACUCGCCGUAAGAUUUCAUUUUUACAGCUGUUUUAACGUGAAAUAUGUGGUAAAUGUUUAAAGCCAUGGCAUUCGCUUAAACACUGUCCCUAAUUAUAAACUGUGUACGCAAGAAUAUAGCGCGAAAUCCAGUGUGUUUGCGAACACUUACCAUUCACAGCCGCAGUUCCAACGAACGCCGUUUCUCAAGCGACGUACGCAGAGGUAAAGCGCGAAGAUGUCUGGCCGACUAAGGCAUGUGACUACGUGACGUGACCUGUAAAUUCCACAACCAUGACGUAUCAUGAACAACGUGGUGGGCCUCGUGGAAGCUUCUGAGAACUGAUGCCUCCCACACCGUUUGGUGUUUACGAAAACGUGCCCAUUAUCUAAUAUACAACAUUUCAGCGGGGGACUGAUGUUUCAAAAGUUAUGCAGACAUCAGUGUCUCGCCUUGCUUGUUGAUGUUGAUGCUACUACGCGAAGACGGCAAACGAAAUACCGAGGACCAUGUAAUACCGUUACGCUGUGGGAAAAUGUCCUUGUUCCUUACAACGUUAAGGUAGCGGCGCUAUUUUGUUGUUGAAUUUGAAGAUCUUAUUUUGUUUCAUUAAUUAAAGACAGAGUAGUUCAUUGGUAUCACACGAAGCCGUAUGUCGGUUCAAUAAAAAUGAUGAUAUAACUUG